AUUGUGUCAAAGCACUUUUACAAAGAUAACCAGUCAAAAUAGUAUAUUCAGCAUAUGCUCAGAAUACAUCAUAUUCCACAUAUAUUCUGUCCAACAGUUCUUAUUGUUAUUAAAGCAGACACAGAGGAUGGCUGAAGGUGUGAGGCGAAGGAGAAAGCUGAAGCCCGUGGAGGAGGCCAUACAGUUUUCACUUGAACAGAAAGACAAGAAUGGACUCGAGGGCAGGUUCAUCAGUCAUCUUAAAGGGAGGGGUGUGUUCAGCUGUACUGACUUUGAGAAAGGAGAUUUCCUGCUGGAAUACAGAGGAGACCUCAUCAGCAAAGAAGAAUGUGAGCGGAGGCAAAGAAUAUAUCACGAUGCACUUAAAGUUUUCAUGUUUGAGUUUCGCUACAAUGGAAAACUCCUCUGUGUCGAUGCAGCCCGAGAUGACGGUUCUCUUGGGCGGCUUGUAAACGAUGACCAUAUUAACCCAAACAGCAGGAUGAAGACGAUUCGUGUGGAUGGAAAACCUCACUUAUGUUUAUUUGCCACAAGGAGCAUCUGUCCUGGUGAAGAGAUCACAUAUGAUUAUGGUGAUUCUGAGUGGCCAUGGAGAUGCACGACUCUUAGUGUGGUUGAACCGUCCACUCUUGAAGUCAACACACUGUCCGAGUCAGAAGACACAGACGUAGAGGAAGAUAUUCACAAUGAGAUUAAGCCUGGAGACUGA